GGAAAUGAUGUGUUGAAUUUACAGCGCCCUCGCCGGUGCAGAAACGGAGUGAACGGCGAUUGAACGACACACUUUCGGAGAGAGAGAGAUAGAGAGAGAGAGAGAGAGAGAUAGAGAGAGAAGCACCACUGCCUCUCCUCCACUCGAAUAGCCUACAUAUCUUGAGGCCUGGUUCCUAGUGCUCUCUGGACAGAAAACGCAUUACACCGCGGCAUUUUUUUUUACAUAGAAUAACUAGGCUACUCUACGGAUACAUCCAAUAUAAAUUCACUUGAAGAGGGAUUUAUUUUGGGCGCACAACCCCCGCGAAUAAACGGAAGAUGGCAGUGACUACCUGUACACGUUUUACAGACGAUUUCCAACUAUAUGAAGAACUCGGAAAGGGAGCGUUUUCAGUGGUGCGCCGCUGUGUCAAACUUUGCACCGGCCAGGAAUAUGCUGCCAAAAUCAUCAAUACCAAAAAGCUCUCAGCCAGAGAUCACCAGAAGCUGGAGAGGGAAGCCAGGAUCUGCAGAUUGCUCAAACACUCCAAUAUCGUUCGUCUCCAUGACAGCAUAUCAGAGGAGGGCUUUCACUACCUUCUGUUUGACUUGGUGACAGGUGGAGAGCUGUUUGAGGACAUCGUGGCCAGAGAGUACUACAGUGAAGCAGAUGCCAGUCACUGCAUCCAGCAGAUCCUGGAGGCUGUGUUACACUGUCACCAGUCGGGCGUGGUACACAGAGAUCUAAAGCCAGAGAACCUCCUGCUGGCCAGUAAAUGUAAGAAUGCUGCAGUGAAGCUGGCUGACUUUGGAUUGGCCAUCGAGGUGCAGGGAGACCAACAGGCAUGGUUCGGUUUUGCAGGUACCCCAGGCUACCUAUCUCCAGAGGUACUGAGGAAGGAGGCUUAUGGUAAACCUGUAGACAUCUGGGCUUGUGGUGUGAUCUUGUACAUCCUGCUAGUGGGGUAUCCUCCAUUUUGGGAUGAGGACCAACACAAACUCUAUCAGCAAAUUAAAGCAGGAGCUUAUGACUUUCCGUCUCCUGAAUGGGACUCAGUGACUCCAGAAGCCAAGAACCUGAUUAACCAGAUGUUGACCAUUAACCCUGCCAAGAGGAUCACUGCCCAGGAGGCCCUCAAACACCCAUGGGUCUCCCAACGAUCCACCGUGGCGUCCAUGAUGCACAGACAGGAGACAGUGGAGUGCCUGAAGAAGUUCAACGCCAGGAGGAAACUCAAGGGAGCCGUCCUGACUGCUAUGCUGGUGACGAGGAAUUUCUCUGGUAAAUUCGGUAGACAGUCUACAUCUCCUGCGUCAAUCACUACUGUUCCUGCAACUGCUGCUGGGAUAGUGGAGCAAGCCAAGAGUCUCCUCAACAAGAAGGCUGACGUCAAGCCUAACAGCACGAGAAACAGCACAGUCACCAGCCCCAAAGGAACCCCCUCUGCUGCACUGGAGCCUCAGACCACUGUUAUCCAUGUGGAUAGGAACAAGGAUUCAUCUGACAGCAACACCACUAUUGAGGAUGAGGAUGUGAAACUGCGAAAACAGGAGAUUAUCAAGAUCACUGAGCAGCUGAUUGAAGCUGUCAACAAUGGAGACUUUGAGGCCUAUGCGAAGAUCUGUGACCCGUGUCUGACGUCAUUUGAGCCAGAGGCCCUGGGGAACCUGGUGGAGGGCAUGGACUUCCACCGGUUCUACUUCGACAACCUCCUGUCUAAGAACAGUAAGCCCAUCCAUACCACCAUCCUCAACCCUCACGUCCACCUGAUUGGUGAAGACGCCGCCUGCAUCGCCUAUAUACGCCUCACGCAAUUCGUCGACGGCACUGGCCGCCCAUGCUCCAGCCAAUCAGAGGAGACGAGGGUGUGGCAUCGCCGAGAGAGCAAGUGGCAGAAUGUUCACUUCCACUGCUCUGGAGCACCGGCCGCACCGCUGCAGCAGUGAACUGGUACAUACACCAGCACGCACUCACUCUUACUAACACACCCACUCAGUCAUUCACAUGCACACCCACAGCUACACACACACUUCAGAGCUUGACAGUUAUUGUUUCCAGAGUUGCUGUUAAACCCAGAAUGAUUUUUCUUGUCUUCAGAGAGAGAGAGAGAGAGAGAGAGAGAGAGAGAGAGGAAAGGAGGAUGGAUAUGGAGAGAGGAAAGGAUGGAUAGAGAGAGAUAUGGAGAGAGAUGGAAAGUGAGAGAGGUGAGGGAGGAUGGAGAGAGAUGGAAAGUGAGAGAGGUGAGGGAGGAUGGAGAGAGAUGGAAAGUGAGAGAGGUGAGGGAGGAUGGAGAGAGAGGGGAGAGCGAGAGAGAGAGGAGAGAGUGAGAGAGAGAGGAGAGGAGGACGGAGAGAGAUGGAGAGUGAGAGAGAGAGGAGAGGAGGACGGAGAGAUGGAGAGUGAGAGAGAGAGAGGAAAGGAGGAUGGAGAGAGAUGAGGAGAGAGGAGAGGAAAGGAGGAUGGAGAGAGAGAGAGGAGAGGAGGUUGGAGAGAGAGGAGAGGAGAGGAGAGGAAAGGAGGACGGAGAGAGAUGGAGAGAGAGGAGAGGAGGACGGAGAGAGAUGGAGAGAGAGGAGAGGAGGAUGGAGAGUGAGAGAGAGAGAGGAAAGGAGGAUGGAGAGAGAUGGAGAAUGAGAGAGAGAGAGGAAAGGAGGAUGGAGAGAGAUGGAGAGUGAGAGAGAGAGAGAGAGGAAAGGAGAAUGGAGAGAGAUGGCGAGAGAGGAGAGGAGGAUGGAGAGAGAUGGAGAGUGUGAGAGAGAGAGAAAAGAAGAAUGGAGAGAGAUGGAGAGAGAGGAGAGGAAAGGAGGAUGGAGAGAAAGAGGAGAGGAAAGGAUGAUGGAGAGAGAGGAGAGGAAAGGAGGAUGGAUAGAGAGAGAGAGGAGGUUGGAGAGAGAGGAGAGGAGAGGAAAGGAGGAUGGAGAGAGAUGGAGAGUGAGGAGAGGAGGACGGGGAGAGAUGGAGAGUGAGAGAGAGAGGAGAGGAGGACGGAGAGAGAUGGAGAGAGGAAAGGAGAAUGGAGAGAGAUGGAGAAUGAGAGAGAGAGAGGAAAGGAGGAUGGAGAGAGAUGGAGAGUGAGAGAGAGAGAGAGAGGAAAGGAGAAUGGAGAGAGAUGGCGAGAGAGGAGAGGAGGAUGGAGAGAGAUGGAGAGUGUGGGAGAGAGAAAAAAGAAGAAUGGAGAGAGAUGGAGAGAGAGGAGAGGAAAGGAGGAUGGAGAGAAAGAGGAGAGGAAAGGAUGAUGGAGAGAGAGGAGAGGAAAGGAGGAUGGAUAGAGAGGAGAGGAGGUUGGAGAGAGAUGGAGAGUGAGAGAGAGAGGUGAGGGAGGAUGGAGAGAAAGAGGAUGGAGAGAGAGAGGGGAGAGGAGGUUGGAGAGAGAGGAGAGGAAAGGAGGAUGGAUAGAGAGGAGAGGAGGUUGGAGAGAGAUGGAGAGUGAGAGAGAGAGGUGAGGGAGAAUGGAGAGAGAUGGAGAGUGAGAGAGAGAGAAGGGAGAGGGAGGAGAGGAGGAUGGAGAGAGAGAGAGAGAGAGAGAGGUGAGGGAGGAUGGAGAGUGAGAGAGAGGUGAGGGAGGAUGGAGAGAGAUGGAGAGAGGGGGGGGGGUGGAGAGAGAUGCCUGUCCCCCCUCCCUCUAUUGCUACUGCUCUCCUUACUGACCAGUGCACACUACUGCAACUUAACAACACACAGCCUCAACUCCUCCUGGACACACACACACACACACACACACACACACACACACACACAAGCUGCAGCAGCGUCUAUCACUGCAACCAUAUCAUCCAAUACAAAUGGCAACACACUCAAACCUUCAGUCCAGUACUCUCCCUCUCUCCAUCUGCUGUAGACCCACCCCUGGCGCAGAUACACAUAGGAUCUACAGUUUAAAUCAAGUGUAUUACUCUGUUAUUGUUUAUAUUAUUACUAUUACUACUACUAUUGUUGUUGUUAUUAUUAUUAUUGAUGCAAGUAAGUUGUUGUUGUUAUAAUGAACGUGUACAAUGUCUUUAAUGGUCCAGUUGAUUCUCUUUAAAGGGGUUUGUUCCUCUUGUUAAAGACAAGCAUGACUUCUCCAGUGUGAUUUCCCAGUGAUUGUUAGUUGAGUUGUGCUCCUCCAGUAAAGUCUAAUUCAUACCGUACACCCAAUACACAAUUAGCUAAGCAAAAUGGCGUUGAGUUAAAAUUGUGGGGAUUCAUUUUGAUUUCUGUUUAAUUUUCGCUAUGCAAGUAUGCCGAACGGCUGUUUUCCCAGUUGCGUACUUGCGCAAAGUUUAAGUUCGGCUUAAGGCUGCUUCCUGCCUGGCGUAUCAACUGACUACACAUUGCAUAAACCAACAGGAUUAGUGCAGUUGUGUGUUUUUGCUACAGUUUUAAAUAUGGAAACAGCCUACCCUCUGAUGAUGAACUAUAUAUGCACCACCACCCCUCCCCCUUCGGCGAGAGAAGACGAGCGAAGUCGAUACAGCAUGAACCGUUGUAUAUUGUUGUUCUUAUACUUGAUUCUCUGUGUUGAGCAUUGAUUCUCUAUGUGUUGAGCAUUGAUUCUCUAUGUGUUGAGCAUUGAUUCUCUAUGUGUUGAGCAUUGAUUCUCUAUGUGUUGAGCAUUGAUUCUCUAUGUGUUGAGCAUUGAUUCUCUAUGUGUUGAGCAUUGAUUCUCUAUGUGUUGAGCAUUGAUUCUCUAUGUGUUGAGCAUUGAUUCUCUGUGUUGAGCAUUGAUUCUCUAUGUGUUGAGCAUUGAUUCUCUGUGUUGAGCAUUGAUUCUCUAUGUGUUGAGCAUUGCAAAUAGUCACUGACGAUACAACAUUACAUUUGAAAUGAUUACACACUGUAUUGUACAACUACAGUUUCAUUGUGGUGACUAUACUGCAUUUAUUUGCAUGAAAAUUGAAACAUGACGAUAAAAUUGGUGUUAUUGUUCGUUGUGUGGAUUUUUUACUGAAUGCUGGUGAACUAUGAACUCCUAUGUCCAACUAACUUUUCCUAACUUUGGAAUGUGCAUAAAAUUAUUUUUGUCUGGAGAGUGUAUACUCAUGAUGAUGAUGAUGACGGUGAUGAUGAUGAUGAUGAUGAUGAUGAUUGUAAAACAUGCUUUUGAACAGGCUCUACUGCUGAGGCAGAGUGGGCAGGUCACUAAAAGUGUUUCAUAUGGUUAAUGAUGGGAUUUUAUUGUAAACAGAUAUAGUACCUAUAUAUAUCCAGGGGCCUCAUUUAUAAAAUGUUUGUAUGUAAACAUCUGAUCGUGAAUCGCGUAUGACAGAAUCCACAUCAACAAUGUGAUAAAAAUAUGCAAUUUACAUAGAUUUUGCAUGAAGUUUUGUGAAUUAUAUAUAUUUAAAAAAAAAUUGGGACCAACUUUAUUUAUAGGUGUAUACAUUAUAUAAACAGAAUUUCAUCAUAUUGUAAGAAAGGAUUGUACAAUUGUAUGAUCACAGAAUGUUAUAUAAUAAUGUUAUAUAAUAACUAAGAACAUUUGAUAAAUGAGGCCACUGGUCCACAGGGUGUGUACCAGUAUUAUGUGUCCCUCCCUCUUUGUUGACUUGCCUUGCUGUCUGGCAGUGCACUUAAAGGAAAAUUCCACACAAAAACUUUCAUUAGUCCAUUGUUGACAUCGUCCCAAAAUGUUUUGAUUGUCAGCAAUGACGUUUUCAAGAUAUGUAACUUUCAAAAUACAGAAAUCCUCACUGUAUGAUGCAUUUUUCAUCAUACAAAAUGCAUCAUACGGUGAUGAUUUCUGUAUUUUAAAAGUUACAUAUCUUGAACUCUAGGGGGAGUCACCAUACACACUGAAGCACAGCACCUUCCAUGUUGAAAAUUAGGGCUGAGCAUCUUCCGUCUACAAUGUUGGGUUGAGAAUUAGGGCUGAGCACUUCCAUCCACAAUGUUGGGUUGAAAAUUAGGGCUGAGCACCUUCCAUCUACAAUGUUGGGUUGAAAAUUAGGGCUGAGUACCUUCCAUCUACAAUGUUGGGUUGAAAAUUAGGGCUGAGCACCUUCCAUCUACAAUGUUGGGUUGAAAAUUAGGGCUGAGCACCUUCCAUCUACAAUGUUGGGUUGAAAAUUAGGGCUUGUCCCUAAGACUUGCCCUGGCAUACACACACUUUAAAACUAGAGUCCUUAAUUGCUACAGCCAUUUUUUGACUUAUAAACUCGUAAAUGAUGUAUACCCAUUGAUUGUUGAAGAAUAUAACUUAUAAAUGCCUCAUGAGCUUAGUUCAACUGUCGUGCCCUAUCAGAACCCAACAUAUAAGCUUGUUUUACUCCAAUGUUUGUAAUCAAUGUAAACAAACAAUGUAAAGCCUCAAAACAUGGUCAAAACUAUAAUUUUGAUAUCGUGGAUGAUCAGUCCUUGCAUCCAGGUCUCUGUCUGUGAGUUUGAGAGUGGUUACAUUUCUCCAGGCCCAUCCCUCAGUAUUUUACCAAAACAGAGGCAGAAGGAACAGAGGCAGGGUGUUGCUUUGUUUCAACUAAAUAUUCUAUUUUUCAGGCCUCAGUCACACACAGGGUCAUGCACUGCAUGUAUUCCUGGCAGUCCUCCACCUGUGUAGUGUCAGUAACAGGACCAGCGCUAAUCAGGCCAGCUAACACCGUCAGAACAAGGUCACUCAGAGAGGUGGCAUUACCUCACAUGUCAAAUGAAGACUGUGUGUGUGUUCAUCCUAACACACUCUGGUUGCAUAAAGCGGCAACCACUCCAGUAUUAGUAGAGUCCUGUUAGUCCUAACCUUAAUUUGAACUCUCCUCUGAGAGUCAACCAGGGCUUGCCAUCAUAUCAUUCACUUUCACACACACUAGUUGUCGUGGCCGAGUGGCUAAGGCGAUGGACUAGAAAUCCAUUGGGAUCUUCUCGCACUUUCACAAUAUGACUUUGUAAACAUGAAUCCAAUAUGACGAUGAAUUCUGUUCUUCCAGUGAGCAUUCCUUGUGUUCUGUAACAGUGUUGAGGUGUUAUCAAUAUGUUACCAAUAAAGAGAACUCCUGUCAAUGCCA